CUGCUUCCUAUAGAUCCGUGGAAACCUAGGCUUGCAAAAUGAAUAAAGAUGCCCAGAUGAGAGCGACCAUUAACCAGAAGCUGAUAGAAACUGGAGAGCGAGAGCGCCUUAAAGAGUUGCUGAGAGCCAAGUUAAUUGAAUGUGGCUGGAAGGAUCAGUUGAAGGCACAUUGCAAAGAUGUGAUUAAAGAAAAAGGAUUAGAGCAUGUUACUGUGGAUGAUUUGGUGGCAGAAAUCACCCCCAAAGGCAGAGCCUUGGUACCGGACAGCGUAAAGAAAGAACUCUUACAAAGAAUAAGAACCUUCCUUGCUCAGCAUGCCAGUCUUUAACUUCGACAUUGUCUUGGAUACAUUUUUGUUUUUUUUCUGUAUUGCAUCAUUCAGGCAGAAUUGCAGGAUUGGAAUGCACUUCCCAUACUGAAUGGUUGAA